AUGACUCCAUCGACGCCUAGUAAAGGACGAGGGAAGGGAAGAGGACGAGCUGCCCGUGGUCGGAUCUCGGUCGUGAAGGUGGCUUUGAGAGCGAAAGCAGCGAAGACUGAUGUUGUGGAAUCUACAGAUGAGUCCGAAGUCCGUGACGCUGUCACUACGAGUUUAAACGGAGUAAAAACAAAUGAACCGCAAGGUAAUAAACUCAAGGGUUUCAGUCGAGCAGCCCACUCGAUUAUGACCAUGCACAAACUCAAGAGCGGCAAAGAAAGUGUAGCCAUGCAGCCAACUCGACCCGCGGAGAAGAAGGACCCGUGGACUGCCGUCAUGAGCGUAGCCCGUAAAGUCCCAAAACCAAGUGAAAUUCCUGAAAUUGGACUCGGGCUCGGUGGUAAUACCUCUGGAAAUCCCACUGACAAGCGUAUUUCACUCGCGCAGAUGCUAAAAAGUCGCGAAAUGAAGAAUUUAGUGCAACAAGCACUCGCUGCCAAGCAGCUCACCCGAGCGGCAGCUGUACCGACGGAACAAUCGAGUGUGAUGGCGCACUGGAUUAAGUUAUCUUCGUUGCGUAAGAAACAGAAUGAAUUGCGUGAAGAAGGGGCACUACUGGACAGUGGAGAAACUAAGGAGGAAGAAGUGGACGAUGACAUUGUAGAAGAUCUUAAUGGAGUGCAUUCGGGCUUCGACUUGGACGACACGGCUAAGGGUCAUCAACUUUACGGUCGCACACUCAUUCUAGAAGAAUCUUGUCGUCGAGCGCUGGCCCAAGACUGCGAACAGCGUUCCCAGUUGGAUCUGCAGUCUCUUGGUGUCUGGUUCCAGACCACGAAGCUCAAAAUCACGACCGACUUCGAGCGGCUACAACCUUCAGAACUUGAUCUCUUAUGCCGGCGUAUGACCUGUGUAACUUUCCAUCCGGACGAGACCGUUUUUCGACAAGGAGAUGAAGGCGAUGCACUCUUUAUCGUCUUCAGUGGUACAGUUGAGGUCCGUGUCAGUCAACGUAUCCUCGGUGAAGUAGUGGAAGUCACGGUGUGUGAACUGGGCAAAGGCGAUUACUUUGGUGAACGCUCACUACUUAACAACGACGUCCGUGCGGCAACUGUAUUGGCCAAAACUGCCACGGAGUUGGUAAAAAUCACGCGGAAUGACUACAACUUGAUGCUUAAAAACGACCAACUCGAGUUCCUGUCACGUAUGCAGAUCGCUAACGGGAUCGGCAUGCAGCGUCCGGCACAGCGUACACAACGGGAAUAUAUUAAAGUAUUAACUAAAAAGAAACAUGCACGUACUAAGGCCGACAUCGACAUGCUCAGUGAGUAUCUUCAGAUGCUGAAAUUCUUCCGAAGUUUACCGAAAUCUUUCGUUCGCGAGCUGUGUGUGGUAGUGGAUUUCCUUACUCUACCUGCUGGUGCCUGUGUGUUCCGUGAGGGCGAAGUUGGAGAUUUAUUUUACAUCAUUUUUAGUGGUUCGGUGGAUGUGAAUAUCAACUCGAAGGACUUUAAGGGGAACAUGCAGAUGACUAAGCUUAUUAACCUUGCAGAAGGGUCUCACUUUGGUGAGUUAGCGCUGAUGAAAGGCAGAGGUGUACGCAGUGCUACGGUGAUAACACGUGAAGAGUGCCAACUUUUGGUAAUUUGUGAAAAAGACUACAAUUCGACUCUACGGAGAAUGCAGAAGAAAGAUAUGGCUAAACGUGUGGGUGUUCUAGAUCAGAUUCCGAUGUUUCAGACGCCAGAGUGGACAGGAGAGCUGCUGAAAGAGCUUUCGUACGUGUUACUGGAGCAGAAACUGUCCACCGGUAGUGUGCUAUACAAACAGGGGGAUCGAGCGACACACGUGUAUUUUGUUGUACGUGGAGAGCUGGUCGUCACCAAGGAGAUCACGGACCCUUUUACACAAGUAAAGCACGAGGUUUUCGUGGAACGCAUCGGUCGCUUCCGUGUGGUUGGUGAUGAAGCAGCUGCUGGGGUGAAUUUCAACGAAGUGAUACAUCGCGAAGUGACUGUGAGUGCAAGUACUCCAGUUGAAGUCUUAUUACUCUCGAAAUACGAUGUGUUCCAUCGAUUAUCCCGUUCAGCUCGAGAAACUCUACGAGCUGCAGCACACUCUCACGCGGAGAGUAUCGUGUACUUGGAUCGAUUCCACAAGACACAAAAGUGGGAAAACUAUAAGAAGAAGGUGCUGCGAGAGCACGUCAACCAUGAACGCAUCGAAAAGAUUCUCCCUGUAUCCAAAAGGUAUGCUACAAAAAGAGUCUCAAAUUUCGGGAUUCUUGCAAAAACAACGAAUAAAACCUCUAAAUCGACAGAUUCCAGUGGAGAUGUCAAGCUACCUGCAUUGGCUGCUGCUUCAACUAGCCGCAGAGACGACACGAACGAGUCUGCGCAGUCAAGUAGCACUUUUUCGAACACAGCACGACAUGCGUUGGUUCCAGCAAAUGAGCUGUUAUUACUGACACCAGAGGCGAAGGCGAUGAAGAAGGUGUUCCCCCAAGACCAGACUCUUGGUAGCUAUGUGACGUCAUUUAACAUAGAUGCGCCUCCCAGUGUUGCUCGACAGCGCCAGUUGGAUAGCGUUCUGGCUGCUGAAGGGCGUCGCCAGGAUGAAGUGUUAAAAGAGGGAAAUCCACUGGCAUUUUUCGACAUCAAAGUUGUUGACAAACCGAACGGAUCCUGGGACGAUAUGAAAACUACGGACAGUGAGCAGGAAGAAAUCAACAGUAAUGAUACUACCGCAGUACUGCCAGGUGCUACCGACAACUCGUCAGAGUCAUUACCUCACCCUUCUGUAAUGAGGCCUACCAGUCGAAGUCUGAAAAUUACUCCUCAAGCGCUCAGUCAUCUUUUACAAGAAAAUUUUAUUUUCUCUCGUCCAGCAGAACGUAAACCUCAAGGCCACAAUGCUCGGAGAUCAAGACUCCUGCAGUCGAAGGCAAAAAGUCCAGUGCGUGAACUACCCGCCAUGUCGCCACGACCCGAUGCAGUAUGUCAAAGUUCCAACGAGGUGGACUACGUGCUGUUUGCCAUUCAAAACGAAGACACUGAAGAGAGAUCGGAGGAUACAUUUAAGAAAUCACCAGUUUUCCAGAUUCUUCAAUCUGCUCGGUCUCUCAAUAUGAUUCGCGAAGUAACCGAGCGACAACAGGAAAGUUUCGGAGUAUCCAGCGUUAAAUACUACGCGUUGCCACUCAAUAGAUUCGCGACAAUACCUUGUACCGGUCACUCAAAACUUGACCAGGAUCGACCCCAAAUGCAUCAAAUCGGAGACACAAGCGCAAAUAACAACCAGAGUCCAAAGACGAGAGCACUAUAUCAUGAUGUAUCGUCGGGUUCGUUGCAGUCCAAAGCUGUGGGGUCAAAUAUGGCGGCAUUCCAGGAAGUUAUGGUUUCUCAAACCAGGAGUGUAGCAGACAGCGAUGAAGCUGAAGUAUCAAUACCAGGAACCGCUGUCGAACUUGAUACCCAGCCCCACUUGUCUCCGAAACAAACGCUCCAUUCAGUGCGAAAUGCUUUCGCUGUAUGUAGCGUUGUGCUUUCUCAACUUGAAGUCGCCAACUCGCCAUAUCCGGAGCCGUUCAUUGCUGUACAUACACUUUUGUCGUCUGAAACGGAGGCUGUGACGUAUGCGAUGAAUCUCAAGCCUUCGAACUCUUUUAAAAGUGCAAUGAUUUGUGUCUUUCCUGCUCGUAAAUGGAUUCAUCUCGAACAUGCACAUGAUUGGUGUGUACAACUGGAAGCGAGCAAGAGAGAUAGACGAACGUCAACCAUUUUGGGGUCAACACUCACGUCGCCCACAAUAUCCAGUCCACGAUUCAAGCGGUUGUCUAUUGUAGUUGAUCGUCCAAAACCUAUCUGGCAAAAAGAACGCGAUGAAGCUCAACGUCUCCACAAUUUUAUUUGCGCACGAAUGGGUGCACCUGUACUUGACAAGAAGAAAGAUCAUACUGAGGAGAGUGGCGGUUUUACGCCCCAACCAUUGGUGUCAUUGGAGGAUAAACUGGAUACGCUUCACAACUAUCUUCAAGCUUCUGCAGUCACGACGAAAACAGGACAUGGAGGUGUAGCCAUUCUCAAGUAUCGCCAGGUGAAGCGCUUUGGCUCCAUCAUGCGUUCACGCAUUGCUGGUGCACUACCUCACAGCAAUAACAUCAGCAGUAACUCGCGAUCACCACGACAAUCUCUCACCAAACUUACUCCAGGGUAG